AUGCACCGAACACUGGCCCAGUUGAUCGGCUUCAAGUCGCAGUCCUGCAAAAUCUGGAGUAGCCAUCUGCUGGUGGGGGUGAGCUGUUUCUUCUUCGCCCCAGCCGCAGCUGCAUUUUGGGCUGUCUGGUGGUGCCUGCUGCAGUAUGCCGACCUAAAGGACAGUUACAACAUGCUGCAGAUGAUCCUGUACUUUCUGCUCGCAGUGACAUAUACAAUGGUUGUCCUUACAUCCUAUAGCGCAGACUACCUGUUCAUCCGCCGUGGGCAGCGUUCAUUCUAUGGACGGCUGGACAUCUUUGUGGCGUCUGGCACCCUUUUCUUGUCAACUUUCGACUUCUACCUGCGUGCCUCAAUUAUUGAGACUAUGCUUCUGGUGCUGGUGCCAUGCUGUGCCUUUGUCUACUCAACGCAGUCGACUGCGUUUGAAGUUUGGAUAUGGCGGCACUUUUAUUGGCACCUCGUAGGCGGGGCAGUUGCAUUGUACGGUUCCUUACGCCUACUCCCGGCAAAGAACAGCAUUAUCUCAGAGUUGCCAUUGCACUUGUGCAUCACGGAGACGGUAUAUGCCAUAGGCAUUGCGAUCUUCUUCGUGAUUCGUGGUACUUGCCCAAAGGAACUUUUGGACAAGUUCUGGCAGAUGGGAGCACAGUAUGCAAAUUGGCAGCCUGUCAGUGGUAGAUGA